CUCCUGUGUAGGCGCCGUUGGCUGCUGUUGACUCGAUGGGCUGGUAUGAGUAUGACUCAGACAACGGCUACGAGUAUUUUGAGCCCUCCGAGUACUAUGCGGUGGCUAUAGGGCGUAAUCCUGGCAUCUACACGACACAAGAUGAAGCCGUCGAGCAAAUUUCUGCGUUUCCUGGCUAUCGGAUGAGGAAAUUCGAGGACUACGAGGACGCACGCGACUAUUUAAUAGACUUUGAGGUUUUCUGCGAUAGUGAGACUGAGGGCAGCGACCAAGAGGACGAAGACGAACUUGAGUCAGACGAGUGGUUCUAUGCUGUAGCAGUGGGGAGAUCGACCGGAGUUUUUCUAAACUUGGACGAUGCAGAGAGCCAAAUUUUAGGAUAUCCAAGAGCACGUAUGAACCAGUUUCUUGACUAUGAAGACGCAGAGCGAUUCGUUGAAAAUUAUCACGUUUUUACUAUCGAGGAAGAGGAAAAAACUGAAAAGCCAGAAAAUAAACGCAAAAGCUGGUUUUAUGCCGUGGCGGUAGGACGUUCGACGGGAAUCUUUAUGAGUUCAUUAGAGGCGUUGGAGCACGUGCACGGGUUCCCUGGCUUCAAGAUGAAAAAGUUCCGGGAGUAUGAAGAAGCAGAGGAAUAUCUUGCGUUCAAUCAAGUGUAUUCCAGUGACGAAGAAUACGAGACUGAGAGUGAAGAGGAGACGUGGUAUUAUGCUGUGGCGAUUGGACGGUAUACGGGUAUCUACAUGGAUUGGGAGGUGGCGAAAUUGCAAGUACAUGGCUUUUCUGGCAGCCGAAUGAAGAAGUUUCUAGACCAUGACGAAGCGUUGAAGUAUCUUAGUGAGAACCGACAGAAUUUUGGUGAAGAGGAGGAAGAAAAGAGUGAAGAAGAAGAGGAAGAGACAUGGUACUACGCGGUUGCAGUUGGUCGACGGGUUGGCAUCUAUACAGACCAUCAAAGCGCAAUCGACCAAGUUCAUGGCUACUCAAACUUCCGGAUGAGAAAGUUCUUGGACUACGGUAAUGCCCUGGAGUAUUUGGCGAGUUUUAGCGAGGAAGAAGAGGACAGUGAAGAAGAGAGCGAACCAGAGCCAGAGGAAGACGAAUGGUACUAUGCUGUAGCAGCUGGACGCUCUCCGGGCAUUUACAAGAACCAUGAGGACGCUAUGGAGCAAGUCCAUUGCUACUCGGGCUUCCGCAUGAAGAAAUUUCAAGACUAUGACCAAGCUCAGGAGUAUAUCGACUUCAACCAAGUGUAUUCCAGCAGUGAAGACUGCGUAAGUGACGAGGAGACGGAUGGAGGCGAAGAAACAUGGUACUAUGCAGUGGCAGUUGGACGCUCGACUGGCGUAUACACGAACUGGCAAACAGCGAGAAAUCAAGUGCAUGGCUACUCAGGUAAUCGGAUGAAAAAGUUCCUUGAAUACGAUCAAGCGGUGGAUUACAUCGACGUCUAUCAUCGCUGGGGGAAGAAGGAUAGAUGUUGA